GUGUACAUAUGUUUUUUAAAAGUCUGCAAAAAUAAUUUACACCAUAUACGAAAACUUAUUUUUUUAAGAUGAUAAAGCAUGAUAGUAUAGAGUAGUAUUAUCAAUAGUGGGUCGACAGUGAAUUUAUAGAUGAUUUUUGCAGUAAAAAUACGUAAACAUUUGCUUCGUGCGUCUUGUGCGCUGUUAAUCAAUCCUUUGGCACUAGUCAAUGCACUGCUGACCCCUCGUUUUCCAAUGCUACAAUGUCUAUUUUAUGUAAUACUUGACAAAUGUGCUACCGUGGAGAAAUAUGUUUAUAAAAAUUGUGGAAAGGGUAUGCAAUUAACUAAUAAUUCAUUAUGUCAACAAGCGGUUAGGUUAGGUAAGGUACAUUUUAUAUAUUAAAAAUCACAACACGGUGGAUUGGUUAGCUACAUUAAAAAUACUUUGAAGCAAUUUUGAUAAUGUCACCAACAUGCCAGCGUUGACCACCAUUACAUUGUCUCUGGACAAGCACGGAAAUAUGGAGGUUUUGGACGAGGAGGAUGCAAGUGUUUGUUUUGCACAAACUAGGCCUAUGUUUCUUUAUCAAACUUGCUUGGGGUAUCGUAUUUGAUACUUCAGCCCAACUUAUACUAGUAUAAAAUAUGAUACCGAAGAUAUUUUUCCCACUGUAUUAUGUUCUAUAAUCCUGCUCGGUCUGGUAUAUUUUGUGAUGCUAUUUUAUAAAUUCAAUUUUAACAUCUCAGGUAUCAUAGAGUAUACUACAGCCUUACCUAUUUUAGUAUGUAAUACAAUAUCAUUCAUAUUAUAUUUAUGGUAUUGUAUUCUAUAACUUACAGUUCCUCACGGUUUAGUAUAUUUGGCGAUACCACAUUUGUUUAGUUUAAUUAUUUUUACUAUAUUAUAAACUUAUCAGGUAUUGUAAAGUUUACUUCAGCCCUACCUAUUCUAGUAUUGUACAUGAUACCGAAAAUAUAUUAUGUACAAUAUUUUAAUUUCCAGAAAUAAAAUCUUGUGCAAAACAAACAUUUGAAUCUUUAGCGUCCAAAAUGCCCAUUAAGGUAAGUGAGGUAGUAGUUGACCCCUUAAGUGAAAAAUUUCCUUGUAGCUGCUAUAUAUUAAUAACUAUUAGCUACUGACUCAGACUUAUUAGCUUAAAUGUAUUACUAUACUUCCAUCUAGCACACAUUUCAUCAAUAUUUUGAAAUAAAUUAAUUUUCUAUUUAAUGUGGCUUUAUUCUGAAAUCAAUGAUUUGUGUUAAUAAUUGACCAUCUGCAAAAGUCAAAUCACUAGUAGUUGACCACUUUUUGUUUUAGUUGUUGGCCAUAUUCUCGAAAUUAAAAUAAUGAUGGCAAUAAUGCAUUUUAAUUAAUAUUUUGGUAAAUAUGUAGAGUAGCGGUAUAUGCGAAAAAAAAUGGUAAAAAUCCGAAAAUACUUUUAUUAUAUGCUCUUUCACUUCCUCUUUUUCAAAACAAUGGGCGGAGAUUAGAAAUUCCAAAUACUUUAGGAGAUAUUGAAUUUUUUAAUUUUCAUAGUUCGGCGAUAUUUGUUAAAAAAAUUUAAAAAUUCUGAAAAUACUUUUAUUCUAUGCUCUUUAACUUCCUCUUUUCAUUAAACCCGGUGGAGAUAAGAAAUUCCAAAUAAUUUAGGAGAUUUCGAAUUUUUAAAUUUUCAUCACAAUACCUUGCAUUCAUGCGGCCACCAUUGUUUCUUGUUUACGAGUAUGAUUUUUUUUUUUUUCGCGACGUAGGUGAAUGACUACAUCAUUUUCUACUAAUGGCAAAGAAAUUGUACCCGCCUCUAACUUAGCUACUUCGACUUGCUGAGGAGCUGGUUUCGAAUGCAGAGGACGAAAGAGGAGUUUGACGCAGAGGCCCGCAAGCUGCUGUCCUACAUCCAUGUCCCAUUGCACAACAAGUUUCUGCUCGCCCUGUUCAAGAGGUGCCAAGGACUCGACUCAUCUCCGGGCCCUCCCGGGGAGCACCUGAGGCGAAAGGACGCAUCUCGGGCAAAGCCCGGGACCCUGGCGUCUGUGGAGAGGGACAAGAAGUCCAGGGUCAAGCGGCGACGUUCCGAGAAGAGUGCCUUCGAGCCGGCGAGCGUCGCGGAGCACUGUGCAGCCCCUGCUUCGCCGCCGCCUGACCUGACAGCCUUGACGGAGCACCGCUGCUCCCGCUCUCUGCCGGACCAGGCGCUGGUUUGUGGGCGGAUGCUUGUCACGGCAUGGGAGCACGGCCUCAUGGGGGUCGCCGAGCCUGCAGAGGAGUACGUCAUGCUCGCCAUGGAGAUUUUUGUGAAGAAUGCCGUCCAAGCCGUGAUGAUGCGGAAGACGGGCUACAGGAUGACGCCCGGUGGGUUCGUGUAUGACAUGGGCGCUACGGUUCCCAACCCGUGGCUGUGCAACACCGCCAAACUGAGGCGAGAGAUCUACAACAGGUACGCACGCGAGAGUGACGAAGAGGAAGACGAGGACCCGGACAAGAUAAGCAAGACGGACGUCAACCUGGAGGAUAUUGAAGCGAACGCCGCGUACGCCAUCGCGUGUGGCAGCGGCAGUUUGGGCACGGCGGCCGCCCCAGUGUCCGCCUGGGACUUGUUCGAAGCAAUGCAGAUCGAGCGAAGGAUGUUCCGGGCAAACUCCGUGUAUGUCAUGAACAUGGAGCGGUUGAUCAUGCUGCUCGAGCACCCAUCUCAUGAGGAGAUUGAAGCAGUGAGCAAGUGCUGAGGUCAUGGACUUCACUAACAAGCUGCACACUGAUUAAAGGUUUGCAGCACCUCGAAACAAGAAUAUUCCGGGUCCUUGCCCCUUAGCUGGCAUAUUCACAGACAUAUGUUUAUGAAGGCAUUACAAGCAGAGUAAAACUGUUGAGUUUCUCAAGACAAUUGGUAACCAGUAUAUCUUCUAUCAGUUGUCAGUUCAAGUGCAGUUUUAUUUCUGUGUCUCAGAAACAAACAAGCCAAAGACACAAUUGGGCAAUGUUACAGGGGAGUUAAAGAAAUGUUCUUUCAAUGAUAUUGUGCUAACCCUGAACCUCCAUGAUAAUGUGGUGGACAAGAAUGAACUUAUGAUUGAUUUCUUUUCCAGCAGCUUCUUAACACUGUAAGUGGACUUAAGUUUGGCUUAACUAAAGCUUUGGACUUGGGUUCUUAUAUCUCGCUGAAUCAUUUAAAUAAAUUAUUUCAGUUGAUCUCGAUGCUAUGGUUCAAUAGAAAAUAAACUUUAUUUUAAGACAUAAUUUGCAAUAAAUUAAAAAUCACCUAAUUGGGAUAUAGUCUCUUUUGACUCUUAAGGUAAAGAUUUAAAAUUAAUUUUUUUUUGUAUUAUAAACAGGAAAAUUUUCUAAUGCUUGUAUUCAGUUGCAGUUUCUGUUGGGUGGGUGAAGUUAAGAAUUUAAAGUGUUUCACUGUAAUUGCCCAUGAUACAUUUUUAAUGAUCUUGACAAAAUGGAAAAAACUAAUUUAUUCAUAAAUGGUUUAAAAUAAAGUUUGAAUUACAAUAGAAAGGGAUUUCACAUACCAUAAACGUAUUUGAGCUAUUUUUAUGUAUCAUUUUAAAUUGAGGGAUAUAUUUAGAAACGAAAAGAUCCUAAUAUUGGUUGCAAUUGCAUCUAUGCGAUAAAAAUUCUUUAUUGUUUAGUUUUGAAAAUUUACAUUCUUUAUGGCAGAUAUCACACAUCAAGUGAUUUUGAAAAUAAUAUAAUGUAGUAGUUUGUAUUGACAGUAUUAUUACACUUGUACAUUCUACUAAAUUAUAUACUAUGCUUUAUUUAAGCCAAAUGUUGAAAAUUAAAUGAUAGAACAUGACCAAAAUAUUUGAAAUCGAGGUUGUUUCUUUCAGUUUUUAUUUCCCUCCUCCUCCUCUUUUUUUUACUCUCAAGUAGACAGAAAAUUUAUCAGUUUUUUGAGUAUAUUGGCAAAGGAUUCUGAUGUAAGGAAAAUAAAACUUCUAUUCUAAUAUCUAUGAAGGUAAUCUGGAAUUUUUGUCCUUUAAUAACUGAAGGAAUGUUUUAGAAAACGCAUAUCUCAUUUAAGGCAGUUUGAUUAAGGUGAAAAGUGAAUUGAAGCUGAAUUUGAAUUUUAGAAGUGCUCUUGAUAGCUCAUGUAGGAAAAAUAAAAAUAAUUGGGGGAGGUUCAGGUUUUUCUGAUGUUUUAUCUGUAUGCAGUUUUCUAGGACACUAGUUUUCUAGAACACAAUUUUUCUUGUUGUAACCACGAUAGUGAAUUUCAUCCUUAGAUUGCAGUAAGCAUUUACUUUCUCUUUCCUAUGCUAAAUUUCUGCUAUUAGCGCUGUCUUUGUUUUGGUGUGCUCUGUUGCUAGAUGCACACCAUAGAGCUUCAGAAACAUCUUUGUAAUAUAAUGCUAAUUGUUAAAGUAUCAGAAAAAUGGUUUUUUGUAAGUAAAAUUUGUAACAAGAUUUGUGGAAAUACAUAUUCCUCGUGUAUUAAUUAAAAGCAUCAUAUAAAUAUUUCCAUUUUUUAUUUCUAAUGAGAUGUAAUUGAAAAAUGACAUCUUGGUUUCAACUGGUUUUGUUAACAUUUUGUUUGUAUCAUUCAUUUUGAAAUGUUUGGCUCUUCUCAGCAUUGCACAUACGUUCAUGGAAUGCCUUGUUAUUAAUAGUGAAUGUCUGUUAAAAAUGUUUCUCCUGUGAAAUAUUAAUUGGUGUUUAUAGCAUUUAAUAUUUUUUGUCAGAAUGACUAUAGCUGUAAUUAUACAUGUCUGUAAACACUAUUUCAUGGUCUUGGAAAAAUCAAGACAUAGUAUAAUUUAAAAAACAUAUAAUUUAGUAUGGUGAAUGAUGUUAUACAAAAUAAGACUUUUAAUUUUUCAACCCGGGUGGUAUCAAUCAGGCAACAGUCAGUAUUCACCAUUUACUCUGAACUGCAAUCCAAGUGUGAAACAUAUUUUAGAAUGUAUACACUGCAAAUUAACUAAUUUCUGAUGUAAACCCAGUCUUUGACUAAGAUAGUCAUUACAUUGUAUUAUUUAUAGGUGGUACUAUGAUUUCAGUUCACAGUACCAAAAAUUAGUUCUAAUACUUCAUUCUAUAAGUUACCCUUAUUACUUACUGUAAGUAACUUAAAAAAAUAUAUUUUUUUUUUGUACUUUAAUACUUAAUGUAUUUGUUAGUUUUUAAGUUCUUAUUGUUAUAAAUUAUUGAAA